AUGGACGCCCGCGCCACGGAGCUGUGGGCCCAUGCGCCGGCGAUCAUCGCAAAGCUGGAAGCUGCCAUCAAACAGAACUCGCCGGCCGCUCGGGAGGAGCUGCUAGCGGUGCUUGGUAUCGAUGGCGGCCUGCUGACGGUGGAGGACGCAAAGCCUGGCAUCGACGAUUUCGAGUAUGCCCUGCAGGCCGCGGUGCUAGAUCGUCUGGAGCCACAUGCAGAUCCAGCGCAAGCCAAGGAGAGGGAGGCUCAAGUGCCUCGAGCACUGGAGCUUGCUGCCGACGUCGUCGCAGCGCUCUUUGAGUACUCAGCAGCACCCGAGGUCUCCGCGGCGGAGACUGACAGGUGCAAGUCGUGGUGGAUGAUCUUCGUGCAGAUCGCAGAGGAGACCACAAAGCUCGUAUCCCUAGGGCAGCUGGAGAAGCUGGUGGAGGUCUUUGAGCGCAGCCUCCUGAAGCUGCGCAAGGCUUCGCUGGCUUUAGCUGCACAGCGGCUGAAGGAGUUCGAUGCGAAGCAAGAGGCAGACAUGAAGGCCGCCAAGGAAACCUCCGAGGAGAAAAAGUCCGAAGCCCGUGCAGCCAAAGAGGCGAAAGAGCGUGAAACCAAGCGAUUGGAUGAGCGAGUCUUGACUUUGAAUUGGCUGUGCGUUCUGUGCGUGGCAGUUGCAGAACAUGCUGAACCCUUGCUGGAUUGCGUGCCCGCCAAAGCUUGGGGCAAUCCUGAGGCUCUUCCAUAUUCUCUGGAUGUUAGCGAGGCCAGCUCGGUGCCGGAGGUGGUGCCGGCGCCGGCAGAGAAGGAGGCCUUUCUGAAGAUGAAUGAGCGUCAGCGGAUUCGCUACAGACGAGCAACUACGGAGCUUGAUGCUGCCACGUCUCUGUUACAACUGACUUGCGAUGCAGUCGUUGAGCUGGACGAGGACUUGUGCCUCAAGGAGCAUUCCAAGGAGUUGGCGGGGAUUUUGCUGAGAAAGCCCGAUUCCUCGCUGGCAGGCCGCAGCUUUAUGGAGUUUGUCGUCAGCGAUCCCGAAAAGGUCAGCGUGCGUCACAAGCUCUCGGAUUCAGCACGUGGCGCGGAGCGCGUCAACGAAUGUUGCGCAAAUGCGUUUCAUACCCGUUUGGUGGACAGUUGCUGCAGCAAGUUUCGCACAGAGGUGUUCCAUGUGAGCUUUCGACGGGAGGAUGGCGAGCAGUGUCAUCUAGUUGGAUUGCGAGAUUUCACAGACCAGGAGUCCUUGGCAACGGCUCAUGCAAACCGUGACGGGGACGCCAGAAAGCGACAUGGGCGCUUUGUCUCUGUGGAUGUACGCCCGCAGUCUUCGAGGAGCUCCGAUCCCAAUGAGGAGGUCUCAAGGAGUCAUACAAUUUCUAUGAUCUUUGACAUGGAGAGCCAAAUGGUGGAUGCGGCUUCGCCUCCGGCAUGUAGCCUCAUCGGCCUGAGUUUGCCGGAGCUGUUUCCAGAUUCGGGCCACGAGGUAUUUCAGACCGUUUGGUCCAGCGUGGCACCGUACCUUAUGUAUCGCAUGGGAGAGCUUUCGACUCUUUCUGGUUUCUGUGUUUGGUCUAACCGA